AUGGUUAUCUUAAAAGUGAUGCCUUGGCAUCACACACACACACACACACACACACACACACACACACACACACACACACACACACACACACAUUGUCAGACUGUGUGUCUCGUUAAUGACUGGAUCCUAAACAGCUGUGAGAUCAAAGGCAUUAACUGACCUACUGUUUGAAUGAGAAGCUGCCUCUGGACUUCUUCACAUAGCACGAUUUCUUUUAAAUCCCAGAAAAAAUAAGAACAUCCCUCCGCCUUCAUGCCCACCAUGUCAAAGACUCUUUAUCUUAAAAGUGAUGCCUUGUGCUUAAGAGCAGAAAAGCUCAUGUUAUUGUGAGAAAUCUCUAUAAGAGAUUUUUUAUGUCUUCUUGGCUAUUUAAAGCCGUCAGUCUGAAACUUAUUUGACAGUUUCUUUUAUACUAACCAAUGCUUUCUUAUUUCUUCUUUAAAUCUGCACAGAAGAGUCAACCCACUCCUGGAAGUGGAGAAGCUCCGAGAAGUGCCUGGUGGAGCUUCAGCAUGAGGUAAGAAACGCGUUUAACUUAUGAUGACAGUAAAAUGCAAACUCAAAUUUAUAGGGGUGUGAUAUUAAACAGUAGUUUAACAAUGUGUCUCUAAAACAAUCUUUUACCUCUUUUGCAUUUAAUAUGCAGAGUGUAACAUUUGAAACAUGACAGAGACCUCCCAGCAGAUUAUAAUCUGGGACAGUUCAGAGUUAAAUCUGUGACAGUGCCAGCAAAAAUCUAAAGAUUCGCAAAUUUAGGAUUUGAUUUUGGACUUACACUGUGUUUCAUACUCUUUUUGUCACAAGACACAUGUAUUUAUGUUAUACAUUUCAGUGGUUAUUUUAACUGAAUAAGACAAUUCAAAGGCUUCACAUAAGACAUUUACUGAUCAAUUAAUCAGUCAGACAAAGAAAAUGUGUAAAAACACUUAAUGAAAUAAAGAAGUUUUAUCAUCGUUUGCUCUUACUGGGAGUCUCUAGUCAAAAACUAGUAAAGUCAGGUAUGAUAGAUAAGAUACUCCUUUAUUAGUCCCACAAGGGGAAAUUCCCAGUAAGGGAAACAAAGACCAUUUUAAUUUACUGUGUUUGAAAUUGAAGGAAAAACAUGUUUUGUAUGAGGCUUUUCCCGGAUAAUAUGCAUUAAAAAAGCUUUGUUUUAAAAACGCUGUGUCAACUUAAAGAGAUUCAGCACUUAGGUUUUUAAUGAAUAAGUGUGAACAAAGAGGGGGUUCAUUGAUCAAUAACAACAACACAAAAACAGGGAAUAACCUUCAGGUGUUUUAAAUCACUGUGAGUGUGCUGUAUUAUUUUUGAUACAUAAAGACACUUUUUCAGUUUGACUCUGAUACUUCCUCAAAGACCAUCCAGUGCGUGUUUAUUGUAUUUUAUCGUCUGAAUAUCACCAUGGUUUGAGUCUGUGUGACUGUCAUGUGUCUCUGCAGAUAUUUCUGUAUAUGGAUUUGUUUUGUUCAUUAAAAUAACCAACCUGUGUUUCUGUGUUGACCAGUACCACUGUGUCAGAGGCUUCUAACACAGAAACCUGCUGCCCAAAGAACUUUUGGCUGCACAGGUUGUUUGGUCAACCUCUGGUAUGUUUCAGAGCUGCUAAAAUAAGAUCAUUUUAUAAGUGUGACAUUUAAAAUCAGACACUAAAAAUAUCUGACAAAGUGGGUUUUCAUUUUUAUAUUUGUUGUUACUCCACAGAGAAAAGUCAGAAGUCUCAUCAGCCAUCAGCGGAGGUGAGUAAACUGCUCCAACAAUCAGCUGUUUAUUUGUGCAGCCACAAAAGCUUCUAAUAAAUGUUGACUGGUCACUGCAGACUCCUUUAAAAACAUCACUACAGGUUGUUAAAACAAAUGUCAUCGCAAGGUAACGGGUGUGUGCUUGUGUCUGCAGAGAUGUCACCUCCAACGGUCUGGCUGGCUCCACAGCACCCCCACCUGGGGAGAAAAUCAAGAAACCAAAGGAGAAGAAACGGGGUUGUUCUUGGUUUCUUAAGUGCUGUAGGGUAAGUAAAGCAUAGGAAUACCAGUCUGGACUUCAGUGUUGUUAUAAUCAUUAGUUUUGGUUUAUCUUUCAGUUGAUUCUGUUACUGACAAAUCAAAAUUAUUUUUACUCCAUUAGAGAGAAAAGCGUGUGUCUCCUCUCUCUGAUCAUAAAGAUCAGCAGAAGCCUCCUCAGGAACUCCAGAGAAGGUAACAAACUCAUUUUGUUCACAGGAUGGAUCAAUUUUGGUGUCACCUGAUGAGUUAAAUCAUCACGUGACACAAAUCAGGUGUUAUCAAUUCUUUCUUAAAGCUCCCGUGAGGAAUUUUUGGUUUGUGUUGCUUCUUAUGCUUCUUUUCAUAACCUCUCUUUCAAAUUGUGUUAAGUCUUGUUUUCAAACAAAAAAAUCUCCCUGCUCAAUUUUAAAAGUCAUUGGUCGUCUUCACCUGAGAUAUUUUUGAAAAAGCCUUUUUAAAAAGCUUCAAUUUAGCUAAAUCAUCUGACACCUAUACCGCUGACAACAGUUUCUAACCUCACAAAUAACUUUGUAGAGAUGAACAAACCCUUCAAAGGUGGUCUGAUUUGCUUUUUAAGGCCACACAGAGGCAUCCCUAUCAAUAUCAGUCAGUUAUAAUCGGCUGAAAAUUCCCCACAGUAGCUUUAACAUGAAGUCACUUGUACAUGAAAAUCAGUAUAUCUGCUAAAUAUGUCCUGACACAUUAUUUUUUUCCCCUUGAAACACACUGACAGUCUAUGAAUCAUUUAUUUAUAUAUUAAGAAGCGCUGUAAUGCUGUAGAAUAGCCAACUUGAUUUUUUUACUUUAAAUUUAAAUGAAAAGAGCAGUUUAAUACACACUCUCUGUACCAGAUUUAAUGUGGAGGUUGAUAUCUCAAUAAAGAAAGUCAUGGUUUGAGUUAGCUUGAGGUUAUCGCUUUCAUCCCCUUUUUAACUUUAUGUUCUUACUUGGGACAUGUUUUGAUUGGCAUUGAAAGUCAAUAAGGAUUAUUGGCAGUGCUGGUAGUGUGAAUUAAAAACUCUGAGUGUUGUGUUGGUCAAAUCUCAUCUCCUUAAAUUCAAUCCCACUUCGAUCUCAAUACUGAUUUUUGCUAAAAUAACCUUCUUUUCCACGGAUGAGGUCAACUGUAAAAUAUGAUUCAGUACAAGUAGAUUACUAGCCCCACACACUUGUAGCUCUUUGCUGUUCAUUGUUAUUUACAGUUUGUUUUUGUCUCACUGAAGCACUGACGAGGUUUCUCAGAGCAGCAUGCCACAGAGCGAACCAAUAGUCGCCUAUCAGCAGAUCAACCUUGGGUGAGUACACGUGAUUUUCUGGAUUCAUCACUUAAAUCCAUGCAGCUACAUUUUGAUAAAAACAAUCCUCAGUUUGUGUCUGGAGCUGUGAUAUUAAGAUAUGAUUCCAUUUGUUGUGUUUGUGUGUCAGAUUUCCAAACCCAGCCCAGAUCUGCUACAUGAACUCCAGCCUCCAGAGCUUGCUCACGCUCACACGGUUUGUGAGGGACAUCAGGAGCCAGGAGGAGGUCUGGAGUCUGAUCCCAGAGGCCCAGCUGAUGAGGUGUAGUAUCUGUAAACACACACACACACACACACACACACACACACACACACACACACACACACACACACACACACACACACACACACACACACACACACACACACACACAGUUAACUGUUUAAAAUAAGUGUAAAAGAUGACUAAAGUAGAGGGUUGGGUUGUUUUAUGCCAGACUGCAUGAGUAAGAGUGGUACACACAGCAGAUAACAGCCAGCACAGCUGUCUGCGGGAGUUCCUACGUUAAAGCAAAGCUAUGCACUGCAGAUGGGUCACAAGAAGCAACUUACACCACUUUGAGUCAAAAAUGUAUAUUUUUAUUUUUGUUUUAGAUUAUUAUUUAUCGCCGCCUUCAAACACCUGAACUAUCCUUGAAUAAUUUCACACGAAACAUGCCAAGUACAAGGUUUACGUUGAGAAAUGGUCUCUGAUUUGUUAGUUUUGUUCACCAAUGUUUCCUGGUUUGGUUUAGAAAAGAUCGUGGCUUGGAUUAAAAUUUAACUGUGAUCUUUACAUGCUCUCAAACAGCUUCAAUAAUAGAAUGUGUUGUUGAAGCUACGAGUCAAACUUUUGACGUAAACUAAAAACUGAAAUACAAGAAAGAAAAGGAAUAAUGCAUCAAAAUUAAUAUUGCUAUUCAAAAUUGACCCAAAGCUUUUUUUGGUCCUCAGGAUAUGAGAAAUAUUAAGCUUCUGUCUUUUUUUAAAAUGAAAAAUCUGGUUUAUUGUGUUAAUGAACUAGCAUUUAAUGAUUAAUUAUUAAUAAUAGGUAUUAAUAUACAGGACUGAAACUGAGGAAAAGAUAAAAAAUAAUAAAUAAUAAAAACAUGAAAUAUGUCAAUGUCAGAUAAUUCAAAUGAAGUAUUGUAAUUAAAUGGGUUUUUAAAUCUGACAUAUUAAAAAAACUAACAUACCCCAAAUCAUUUUAACUGGUGAUCACAAAAAUGUCCCAAUAUGAGUUUGAUUGUUUUUUUUUUUAAUGUUAGCUCAUAGUGUAAAAUGUUGGAUAACAAUAUAUUUUUUUCAAUGCAUUGUGUAUGUAGACUGGCACAGGGUUACAAUUCUGGAAAUUAUUUAUCAUUUGAUAUUUAUAAACAGAGUUGAAGCUGGUGAAAUAAAUGUGAUUCAUUAUAAGUUGAAAACAAUAUUUAUAUAUAAUUUUAUGUCAGUUUUUGGCUUUGAACUUAUUUUUUUCCCUGUACUGUAAAAAAAAAUGCUUUUUUUUUUUAAGUCUAAAAAUGAUUCAACAUUUAAUAUAAAUGAACAGUAAAUCUGCUUACAAGAUUUGACCCAUUAAAAGAAGAGAUAAUAUCCAUGUUAAACUAUUUCAUGACAGAUUUUUUGCCAAGGAUAAGUUAAUUUCAGGAUGUCAGGAACUUUUUGUUGCUGAGACAUGAGGCUUCAGUUUAUCUGCAAAUCUUUAAAUCAAACUAAAACAAGCUCCUCUCUGUUCCUCUGCAGUUAUUUCAUGGACAUUGUUCGUCUCCGUGACGGUGGUGACACUCACCUAAAACUUAGUGCUCUGGGUAAAUUUAAGUGGCUUCUCUCUAUCCAGGCCCCAGAGUUUGCGGACCACCAUCAGAAAGUAAGUCAGCUCGUUUUCUUUAAAGUUUCACUAACUGCUCCUUGUCUGCUUAUCCAAUCAAACCUGUGUUUCUGUUUGCUCAGGAUGCCCAUGAGUUCCUGACUGCAGUUCUGGGUCAGAUGUGGGACCUGGCUGCGCCACUGAGGCAAGUUGCCUCUAUCCUGGGGAGGUCCUACAGAUGUCCUGUAGAAAGGAACCUGGUGUUCAGGAUGCAGAACUGCAGAAAAUGCAAGAGGUAAAAACAUACAGAUGGUUGCAGGACAAAUUUACCUCCAGUUUGACUAAUGUGUUUAAUUUUUUGCUCAUUUUUAUCAAGUCAGGUCAAAUCUACAGUAAUCUUUUCUUUUAUCUUUUCAUUUUCUUUUCACAACAUGUAUAACUACAGUAUAUAAUCAUAUGUAUUGUCCUUUUAACAUGCAGAUGUGGCUCCGCCUCAGAGAGAGAGGAGGAAUUCCUGAAUCUCUCUCUGGACCUGAUUCCUGGGGGUUCGGUACAGCAGAUGCUGCAGGAAUAUGAGAAGGUAUAGGCGCUGGACUUCUUUAAUCAACAUCCACAUUGUCUGAUAUGAAGCCACUCAAAUGUUUGACUCUGCGGUUAUUUUUGGUUGUUGAUUUUCCAUGUUUAAUGUACACAGUAUCUGACAGCAUGUUUUCUCUGCAGGAGACAGACUUGGAGUUCAACUGCGAGUGUGGAGGCACAACUUCAGCACAGUGCUCCACCUUCACAACCCUGCCGAAGUGGGUGACGUUACAUCCAUCCCAGACUCACUGUUUCCCCCUGUUGCAGACACAUGCACAGAUUAUUUUCUGUUAAUUUAUCCUCAGUAUUUUCAUGCUCAGAAAUUCCCUCAGUUUAAUAAUCCUGUGGUCAUUCCCUCUCUGCUGCUCUCCACAGUUUCUUGGUGCUCCAAAUUAAGAGGUUCCACUUCACUGAGUCCUAUGAGCUUGUGAAACGUCACGACCCCGUGGACCUCACCAGGGAACUGAUUGUGACAUCUAGCCAGGUAAGACACUUGUGCACCAAAGUGUAAGAGUGUAGAAGUGUGUGUGUGUCUGUGUGUGUGUGUGUAUGUGUGUGUAUGUGUGUGUGUGUGUGUGUGUGUGUGUGUGUGUGUGUGUGUGUGUGUGUGUGUGUGUGUGUGUGUAUGUGUUUGUUUCUAACAGUUGUUCUGUGUGUUUGCUCUCAGGCUACGAGCUGGUACAGUCUGGUUAGUGUCAUCAGUCAUUUAGGCAGUGAAGGAAACGCAGGUAAAACAUUCACUCAGUGAGGGUCAGAUCAGCCAGUGCAGUCUUCUGUUAGGUCCUCAGAUACAUAACAGAUAGAUAAAUGCCAAUCAAAUGCUGGAAUGUUUAAAGUCUCAGGAAGAUCAAAUUAACAUUAGCCUUCAAACCAUGUCUUCGUAAGAAAGAUCAAACAUUAUGAAGUCGUUGAAUCGGUCUCUGUCAGCAGAAAGUGCAGCCCGCUCUUGGAUCUUGGUAACAUUUUCCAUCAUUUUACUUUCAAAGAACUGCUGAACUCCUAAGAAUGUUUGAAGAAACUUUUUAUAAACCAAUUUUUAUGAUUUAUAAUCACAUAAUUUAACAUGUAAGCUAAAGCACCAGAAUUAGAAUUAGAAGUAUACUUUUAUUUUUAGAAAUGCAGCCAAAUAAAAGUGAAAGUCGCGGGCACAAAAAAAAACUACAGUAAAGUACAGACACUUCAAAAUUGUACUCAAGUGCUAUAUUUAAGUAAUGCUACGUACUUACUGUACAACACUGUUCAAGAGUUUGCAAUUCAUUGUAUUAAAAUUUCAGAGAGCCUACUAACUGUUAAAGUUUAUGAAAUGACACAAAGCAGAACAACUUUUGAUGGUGAGAUCACUUGAUUUACUCUUUGACAGCUGAGAUCCCAGAGUCUGCUGUGUCUGCAGACAUGGGGUCACUCUCCAGAUUUGUCUUUAAGCCAUCAUGCAGCGUUACCUUGAAUGUUCAGAGAAAAUACUGAGACAUCUGAGAAAAUCUGUGUGAUCAGUUUUACAAGAGAAUAACUUUUUGACAUUAAGCCAAGUUGUGAAAUUAACUCUACUCUGGUUCUUUAGUCAAACCUGCUCUGCGCUCAUGUUAUGGUCCACUACUGCCCCCUGUGGCUGACUGCAAUAAUACCUAAUUGUCACUAUAAUGUACAAAUGUAGGCUGCUGUUAUUAAUCAAGUUUUCCUGCAGUGCAUUUUGACUAUUUCACCCUGAAUUUCUUGGAGUUUUGAUCAAAUGUUUGCUCACAGUAACGGAUAAUUUUUAUUCCAUGACCGUCUUUACAUCAACACAUAAAACAAACAACAAACAUCACGAAAGACUCACAUGUUUAUGGCUAUAAUUCUGUUCAGCUGGGUUUAUCCAGAAAUCUUGUCUGAAAUUUGCUCCAACAUUUGAUGCAAACUCUUCUUCCUCUCCUGUUAGGACACUACAUCAGCAGCGGGCUGCACCCUGAUGUGGAUCCUCAGACUGCCAGUGAUCUUUGGCUAAAUUAUAAUGACUCCAUGGUCACCUAUAUGACAAGAGAGGAUGUAUGCCAAAGAUCAGAGGAGUCAGCAUAUCUCCUCUUCUACGAGAAGAUGGUGAGAAAAAAUCUUUAAACAUAGAUUAUAAUUAAAUAAGCUGAAUUCUCCACAAACAGAGAUCAUUAACUGUCUUUAUGUUUGUUUUAGGAAUAACAAGCCAAAAUGAAUUUAAGAGUUUUUGACGGGGAGUCUUAAGUCAAAAACCAGUGAAGUCAGGUAAGAUAGAGAAAAUACUCCUUUAUUUGUCCCGCAAGGGGACAUUUCCAGUUUGGGAACCAAAGACCAUUUAAAUUUACUGUGUUUGCAUGAAUGAUUUUAAUUACAGAAAUGCGUUUAUGAAUUUGUCUUUUUUAAUUUUAAUUUUCUUUAACUGAAUUAUAUUCAUGAAUUUAUUUCAAAGAUGUGAAACCUUCCCCUGGAAAAAUCAUUUCUGCAGACUUCAGAUUUUAUAAUUUGUCGUUUUUCCUGUCUCAGGUCAGAGUGGAGCAGUACAGCCUCGUCCAGAACCAGGAUGAGUCCACUCCUUGGCUGUUACUGAGGAAGGUCCCACCGAUGGACGGCCCUCCACGUUCUCCUCCCCCAAGCUCAACCAGGUCACUCUCUCUCACUCCUCUUCUGUCUCUCCCUCUUUCUCUCCCUCUCCUCCUGUCUCUCCCUCUGUUUCACCCCCCCCCCCCCCCCCGUCUCUCCCUAAUUUUCUCCCUCUUUCUCUCCUCCUGCCCCCCCGUCUCUCCCUAAUUUUCUCCCUCUUUCUCUCCUCCUGCCCCCCCCCCCCCGACUCUCCCUCUUUUUCUCCCUCUUUCUCUCCUACUGUCUCUCCUCCAGUCCCUCCUCCUGUCUCUCACCCCUUUCUUUCCAUCCAUCUCUCCUUCUAGCUCUUCUCCUUCCUCCCCCUCUUCUGGUUGUUGCUCUGGUACUGGUUACCCCUCUCUGUGCUCUUCUCCAGCCAGGUCACCGGGACCUACCCGCAGCCCCUUCCCCUGCCUCCCUCCUCUGAUGUCAGAGGAGGAGCAGUGGCCUGGCUUGGAGCCCGAGGAACCAGAGGAGCUCUCCAGACGGAGGAGACAGUGGAUGGCCCCACUGAGGACCACUCAGGAGGAACCUGCGCCCCCUUCAUCCACCAAGCUCAUCUCCACCGGUCCUGAGCCCAAGUGGAAGAAGAAUCUUGAGCGCCUCAUGAAGAUCAGGUUCCAGUGGUGUAACGUGACUCACAAGAGGCCUGCUGGACGGAUGAAAAACAACUGUCCAAGCAAGAGUCCUUUUGGGGGUCACGUUGUGCCAUAGUUAGGUUAGAAUAAGUAAAGUUGUUUAGGUAUGAUAAGUUAAGAUAGAAUAAGUUAAGUUGUUUAGGUAUGAUAAGUUAAGUUAGAGUAAGUUAAGUUGUUUAGUUAUAAGUUAAGUUAGAGUAAGUUAAGUUUUAGUUAAGAUAAGUUAGAGUAAGUUAAGUUUUAGUUAAGAUAAGUUAGAGUAAGUUAAGUUUUAGUUAUGAUAAGUUAGAGUAAGUUAAGUUUUCUCUUCUAAAAAUACAAAUAAGGUUGUUUGGUAAUUCGGCAUUAGUUAGCCUCCAGCUCCUCAGCAGCAUCUCCUCUCCUCCAAUAAAAGCCUCCGGCAUCCUGCUCUGCAUUUAAGUCAUUGACAACGAAUCCCUCGCUCCGCUCCAGCUCCUCCUCUCGCACUUGCUCUUAAAAAAACAAAUAAGGUUGUUCGGUAAUUUGGUAUUAGUUAGCCUCCAGCUCCUCAGCAGCAUCUCCUCUCCUCCUCCAAUGAAAGCCUCCGGCACCCUGCUCUGCAUUUAAGUCAUUGACAACGAAUCCCUCGCUCCGCUCCAGCUCCUCCUCUCACAUGCUCCUAAAAAAACAAAAAAGCUUCAAUUAAAGGCAGAAAAAACGACUUCACCUUGGACUCAUUGGGCAGAACUUCAAAAGUCCUUGGUUGUGUUGUGUGGUUAUUUAUUUUGAUGUUAUGUGUUGGGAUGUUUUGUGUAGUGGCGCAGUUUCAGUAUAGUGUCUUGUGAUGUGUUGUUUUGUUUCAUGGGUUGUGUUGUCAUGCAUGUGUUUAUGUUGUGAUGUCUUGUUUUUUAAUGUGUUGUGUUGUGUGGUCAUGUUUGAUGUUAUGUGUUUUUAUGUACUCUGUUACCUCAUAUUGUGAUGUGUUGUUUUCUUCUGUGUGUUGUGUCGUCGUGUGUGUGUGUGUUUUUGUGUUGUGAUGUGUUGUGAUGUGUUGUUUUGUGUCAUGUCCUUUCGCGUGACCUCUUAACUUGUUUUUUUCACUUAGUGGGUAAGCGAGUCUAAAGGUGAGUUUGGUUCCUCCAGAGUCAUUGUUAACAUGAAACAAAGUCAGUGUAGGACCCAUUUUCUUUUUGUUUUUUUUAGGAAAAGGACCUCAACUGAGAAGAAACCCCCAGAAGAGCCGAGCACGAGACAGAAGACGCAGGAGGACCAAACAUACGAGAGACAGGCCCAUGAAGAGAGAGACGAAGGAAAGAUGAAUGACGGAUGUACUGUGUGUUUCUGGGAAUUUGAAGGUAAAUAACUCUUUAACUACUUAAAAGGUUCGACUUUUAAGAAAAAAAAUAGACAAUUUUAACUGAAGGGCUGAAAUUCAUGUUUGUUUCAGGUAACUUCAAAGAGUCAAACGCCUAAAAUGACUCCAGAGGAGGCCAAAGAUGACGACCAACUCCUUGAUGCAGAAGGAGAUUGGAUGAACAAGACAACAUGGAGAAGUAAAGUAAGUAAAGUUUGAUGAAUGUGUUUGUUUCAUUAAACUGUUGUCUUUGUGUGCUGCUCUAUUGACCUGCAUUUUCUUCAUCUUUCAUCUCCUUAUAUUUAUCUCUGUACAAUAGACACACGCAAGGAUGAGAGUGAAGAUGAUGAGCAGCCGAAAGAAGAAGAGAAGAUGAGAACAGCAGCAAAGAUGGUGAACAUGGACAAGAGUUUCAGUGCAUGA